UCCAGGAUCCAAAUGGGAACCCCAAAGCAGCCCUCGUUGGCUCCUGCACAAGCCCUAGGCGUGAGGAAGUCCGAUCCCGGAAUCUGGAGCCUGGGGGACGACGCGGGAGGCGUCGGAGGAAGGCGGCAGAGACCAGCAGCCCAGAGUAUGUUCCAGAUCCCAGAGUUUGAGCCGAGUGAGCAGGAAGACUCCAGUACUGCAGAUAGGCGCCUGGGCCUUAGCCUCACUGGGGACCAGUCAGGUCCCUGCCUGGCCCCAGGUCUCCUGGGGAGCAUUGGACACCAACAGGAACAGACAGCCAACAGCAGUCAUCAUGGAGGCGUUGGGGCUAUGGAGACCCGGAGUCGCCACAGUUCAUACACCGCGGGAAACGAAGAGGAUGAAGGGAUGGAGGAGGAGCUCAGCCCCUUUCGGGGCCGCUCGCGUUCGGCUCCCCCCAAUCUCUGGGCCGCGCAGCGCUACGGCCGCGAGCUCCGAAGGAUGAGCGAUGAGUUUGAGGGUUCCUUCAAGGGACUUCCUCGCCCAAAGAGCGCAGGGACUGCAACACAGAUGCGACAAAGCGCCAGCUGGACGCGCAUUAUCCAGUCCUGGUGGGAUCGAAACUUGGGCAAAGGAGGCUCCACCCCCUCCCAGUGAUCAUCUGCUCCAUAUUUCCGGAACUCUACCCGCUCCCGUCGCCCGCCAUAUUGGGUGUGGGCGGAAGAGGCCUUGGGUAUAAAAAGAGGAUCGCUGCGUCCUUUUAACUGGGAGAAUUGGCCAACGGCUAGACUCCCUUCCGGUGCGUGCAAUAGCCACGAAGGGGUGGUUCUGGUUGGAAGUUUCAAAGCUUUCGCCUCCUCAACCCCAACUUCCGGAAGUGGCAACUUUGUGCCCCUCUCCCGUACCGGGCUGCCCUCAGGCGCCUGCGCCACCCCAGCUUCCGGAAGUGGCAACUUUACCCCUUUCCCGUACUGUGCUGCCCUCCGGUGCCUGCACCAAAUUGCGAGCGGGUUAAAUCGUUACUUGGCUGCAGUCCUAUGCGAACUGGGAGCCCGUGGUCGCAACAAACGUGCUUUAUAAUAAAGCCCGCGCCUGUGCAGCCGCA